GGGUUCUCCCUGAGUGACUCAGCUUUGACUCUGCUAUUCUCGGUCAUCAUCCUUUUGCCCCUGCCAGGCAUCGACUCAUGUUGACAUGAGGAACCCACUUCAUUGUUAAUAUAAGACGGAAAUCAGGGCCAUGUAACCGGGUCUCUGGUUGUGUGUACUGCUAACCAUUGUUCUUUCCCACUGAAACAUGUCUACAAUUCCUGUCGGUGGUACCAGCAGAACACAGAGCCAAGGCCAAUGGUCAGUUCCUGGCUCUCAUAUCGCCGAGAAUGAUUUUGAAUCAAGCAUCAACAGCAACGAGAUCUUGGAUCUCCCCGUGGCCGAGAAGAUGCCUACCGAGGUCGAUAUCGAAGAGUCUUUGGAAGUCCGAAUUGAACGAUUAGGCCGAGAACGACCGCCAACGUUCAAGUCGAUAUGGCAGGAGCUUGCAUUUCUUUUCAGCGUUAUCAUGUCACAAGUGUUGACUGAAUACUUUGUUUCUGGCUUUGGCGUCAUUCUACCUACUCUAAUCCGCGAACUCAACAUUCCAGCCUCAGCCAUUGUUUGGCCAGCCACGGCCUUCUCGUUGGUCAUUGCAAGCACACUUCUUGUUUUUGGCCGAUUCGGAGACAUGUGGGGCGCAUAUCCUGUUUAUCUUUGGGGAUUCUCCUGGCUCUGUGUUUGGAGUAUCAUCUGUGGAUUCAGUAUCAAUCCCAUGAUGCUCAACUUCUGUCGAGCUCUACAAGGUCUUGGAGCCGCAGCAUUUCUGCCAACUGGAGUCAUGAUCAUUGGCAGUGUAUACCGUCCCGGGCCUCGCAAGAACGUCGUGUUUGCCUUAUAUGGAACCUUUGCGGUGGUGGGAUUCUUCCUUGGUAUCUUCUGCGGUGGAGUUGUCGGACAGUUUCUCAGGUGGUCGUGGUACUUCUGGAUUGGAGCUUUCCUUGCCGCCAUCAGUAUUGUGACGUCCAUCUUCUCAAUCCCCAAUGAUCGAAAAGAAAGACGGUCGAACAACAUCAAAAUGGACUGGCUUGGUGCCUUGGUCCUUAUUCCUGGCUUGAUCCUCAUUGUCUUUUCCAUUACACAGUCCGCCCACGCAGAUUUACGAUGGCGGACACCCUACAUCCCAACUCUGUUCGUCCUUGGGUGCUUAUUCCUCUUCGUUGCGGUUUACAUUGAAGGUUGGGUGGCCGAGUUUCCUCUCCUGCCUGCCGACCUGUUCAAAGUCCCUCAUAUGACACCACUUCUGCUCGCUCUCCUUCUCCUGUAUGGCACAGCCGGCAUCGUGCUUCUUUAUGCGACACAAUAUUUCCAGAACAUCCUCGAUACCUCACCACUCGAAAUCGUUGCCUGGUACACGCCUAUGGUGGUGGGAGGACUUUUCCUAAGUCUGAUUGAAGGGUUUAUCUUACAUAUGGUGCCUGGCCGAAUACUCCUGGUCAUUUCAGCCCUUGGGGCCGUGGGUUGUCAGGUUCUUCUGGCAACGCUCCCAGACUCACCAAAUUACUGGGCAUGGAUCUUCCCGGCUAUGGUCUUGUGCACCGUAGGGAUCGACCUUUCAUACACCCUGGCCUCAGUAUUCGUCACAACACAAUUCCCAAAAGCAAGACAAGGAUUAGCGGGAGGGCUACUCAACUCCGUUCUGCAGCUCGGAGUUGCUCUUCUGCUGGGGUUUUCUGACAUCAUCCAGUCUUACACGGUGGAUGAGGUCGGCUUGAAACAUAGCUAUAAGAACGUGUUCUGGCUGGGAACGGCGGCUGCUUGUGUCUCAGUGGUAGUGAUUGCUGUCUGGGGAGGAAUUCCCAGAGCAAAGAGCGACCUGACUGCGGAUGAGAAGCUUGAGCUUGAGCGCGAGGCAACGAGGAUUUCUUCACAAUCGGUUGAACAUACAACGACGAGAUAAAGAUGAGAUAAAGAUGAGAUGACACAUAGAUGUACAUAUAUUCUUAGAGGCAUAGCAUGAAUCACAGUAUAACGAAUUGUAUGACACGACGAGACCAGGUCUGGUAUUGGG